AUGCAUUUUGAAUCAAACGUAUUAAAGGAAGUUUGUGGGCCUUUUUACCUCAAGAAGACAAGAACAACAGCACUCCAUCGACAAUCUGAGAGCAUGGUCGAACGAUUCCCGAACCGAACUCUUAAGGAACAUCUUUGCAACGUUGUGGACGAUAACCAGCGAGAUUGGAAUCGAUACAUUCCAAUGUUUUUGAUGGCGUAUCGAAGUGCAAGACAUAGCUCAACUGGCCAUGCACCGUCUGAGAUUAUGAUGGGAAGGAACAUCAGACUGUCGAGCGUAAUAAAAUUUGGAUGUCCCACGUUGGAGCUGAAAGCCGAGGAUGACUAUAUUGAUGACUUCAGAGAAAGACUCCUUCAGAUCCACGACAAUACCAGGUUGAAAAUAAAGAUGUUCAGUGACCGAAUGAAGACACGCUACAAGAUAGGAGCGACAACAACACAGUUCCAAGCAGGAGAUCGGGUGUGGCUUUACAAUCUCUAUCGACAAAAAUCAAAUCAACGAUGUCGUGUACCGGAUGCAAAAGGGAGUCAGAGGAAAACCUAA